AUGAGUCAACAUUGCACAUCAACGUUUCGUUAUCAUACUGUUCAUCCUUCACUUUUGCCAUCACCUGUUUCUGACAGAACUGUUUCAUCAGAUUGUUCUAAACAAACUGGCGAUUCAUAUCAGCAGAGAUGUGUAAUCAACGAUCAGCAACAUAUUUAUAAAACUUGUCAUCAUCAUUCUUCUACUGAUGAGAAUCCACAUCGAAAUAAUCAUAAUAGUAAUUUAAUUCAUUUUAAUCAAAUGUCAAAGUUAUUCAAUGAUAUUACACCUCGAAAAAGACGAAAAACAAUACGAUACAAUCUAAAUGAAUAUUAUCAUCGAUCAAAUGAAAAAUCUUCAUUAUUAUCAAUUUAUAUAAAUAAUACUCUUCUUAUUUUAAUUCGUCUAAUGAUAUUAUUCAUUAUUGUAUUAAUUAUUUGUUUUACAUUUUAUUAUGCUAUAAUUUAUAUUUAUUCAAAACCAAAAAAGAAUGAAUGGGAACAAAUUAUUGAUUGGCUUACUCAAGAAUAA